CUUCGCCGCAAAAACAUCACAGACCUGGUGGAUUCUGGACGAUUUUCUACCUUCAAAUGCUAAAUAACUACUGAAGCAAACAUUAAAAUCGGCUUACAGGCCAAAACUUGAUGGACGCUGCACACUCUUAAAACUACAUGUUUUCAGGUUUCACUGUUCUGCUAUCACUGAUGGGCGGGCGCUCGAGGAAUACGCGUCCUGUAGCCUAUGACCGGCGUUCCUCCGGGGCCCGACUACUGCCCACCUCAUCCUUACUGCUCUUCCGCUGUAGCUCUUCGGCACCGUUUUUCCUGGUACCAGUGAUUGCGGACUGUCAUAGAGGCUACUAUCAGCACUACGGUGAUACGAGCACGUAUCAGCUACGCACUGCCGCGUUCUUUUCAGCGGCCUUGAUCUCCACUUGUCUGCGGGGAGCUCGGCCUAAACGACAAUAAAUUGAGAACAGACCAACAGACAUCUUUGGGGGUGCAAUCUAUAACCAAGUUUCAUCAGUGCUUCACAAGAACGCCAUUUCUUUGGAACAGGACCUUGGUACGAGUCAUCAAUGCGUUCUGCAGGUGGAGAAAUGGUUAAGAUGGCACAACAUCGAU